AUGGCAUCAUUUUUUCAAGAUAUUGAUGAUUACAAGCAGUUCAACAUCAUUAAAUCAUUCAAUAUCAAAAAUCCCUUUCCUUUUUUUCUUUUUCUCCAUCAUGAUAAGAUAAAUUGCGACAAAUUAGAUGAAUUUAUCAUACACGAAACGAUAAACAAGUUCAUUUUGAAGAUCCCUUCUCUUCAGUUUUUGUUAACAACUAGCGUAGUUGGAAUUAAAUUCGAAAAUUGCUUAAAAGAAUGGAAAGAAAUAUUCGAUUUAGAAGAUAAUUUUAAAAAGCCGACGUAUAUUACUCCAAUGCAUGAUUUUGGUAUUCUUACGAUCAAUGAAUUGUAUUCUUUGCAUUGUCUUGCAUAUUCAAAUGAUAUUCAAAUUUGUUUUGUCUUUUCUAUCAACGGAGCAAUAUACUGUCAACCUAUUGGUGUUCUAAAUACAAAUAAUAGGAUCCUAAUCUCUUGUUUUCACAAAAAAAUUGAAAAAUUAGUUGAUAUCAAUGAAAUAAACUAUGCAUUAAUGAAAUCAAUACCAGAACCACAAAAUAGAAUUGAAUUACCUGUUUUUUCUACAAUUGUUCCAAAAUAUCGUGCGAAUGAAUAUGUCAAAUACAUUUUUCUUCGAUGGAGACUAAGUACCUCAAAAGAUUCAGAAGUUUUUAUUCAAGAUCGAGGUUUUUUCAAGCAUUUGACGAAGUAUAUUGAAAAUGAUAAAAAUAGAAAUGAAAUUUUAAAUAAAGUUCCAUUGUAUUUGAAGGGAACUUCACUAGAAACAGGAAAUGAAGUGUAUGUAACAAAUGAUGAACCUUUUAUUGAAGAAAAAGAUGAAUCAAAAUAUAAUCAGACAAAACGACUUUUAAACGAACUGCAACUUGCUGAAAAUGCAGAAUUAGUUAAUGAUAAACUAGUUGAAUGUAAGAAAACUUGUAUAUUUGAAAUUGAAAAUGAAAUUACAAAUGAAACAGAUUUAUAUUCAAAAAAUGUUAUAUUAGAAAUUGAUAGAAGCAGAAAAUCACAAAUACAAAGCGCUAGCUUCAUUACACUAAAUGAUUUACUCUAUACUUCAUUAGAUGAAAAAGAAUAUUCUUUAUUUAAAACAAAAGAAGGUAAAACUAUUGCUGUUUAUAUAGAAAAAGAAGAAAUUGAAGAUGAGAACGAACUUUAUAAUGGAGUUGAAGAUAAAAAUGAGAACGAAUAUGAUGAAAAUGAUAAUAAAGACAAUGAAUAUAGUUAUGAUAAUUAUGAAAAUGAAUAUGAUGAUAAUGAAAAUGAAUAUGAUAAUGAUGAUUAUGAAGAAGAUGAAAAUGAAUAUGAUAAUGAUUAUGAUGAAGAAGAUGAGGUUUCGUAUAAAGAUGCUAAAAAAGAGAAAGAUGUUGAAGUUGUUUUGAAAGCGUUGGAAGUCUCUGAUGUGCAGAUUAAUUUCAAAUGUUUGGCGAAGUUUUGUUACAAACAUGUUUUUUAUUCAUCAACAAUAUCAAAAGAAAUUAGUUCUUUUUCAAAUGUUUUUAUUUCAGCAAAGAAGUAUUUUGGGUUUGCUUAUGAAGCAUUGAUGUCUAAUAAGACUGAUAACAAAGCAAUUUUGAUUGGUUCUGAUUCUAAUAGCUAUGAAAAGAUGAUUGAACAAGUUGAUAAAUCAUUCAAAACAUCAUUUUCUAAUAUUCAAAAUUUAGGAAUAUUUUCUCAAAUAAUUAAUGGAAAGAAUGUAAUUUGUGUAUGUGAACCUGUUAAUAAUGUCAUUCAUCUAAUAAAUGCUGUUGACAUGAUCAAAGAUAAAUCAAAUAAAUUCUGUUUCAUCUUCACUUCCAAAGUUGAAGAAAAAUUAUCGGAAUUUAUCUUGUUUAAUCCAAGUGAAGAAACUUUAAUAGAUGACAAAUACUCAGUAGAAUUUGAUAUGGUUGCGAAAGUAUUAGCUUACUACGCAACUUUUGUUCGCUUUUCUUUUCUUAAUUUUGAAAUUUGUUGUUAUUUAAGAAAUUUGUUAGAUACAUAG